AUCCGGAACCCUCCAUCUCUCUCUUCUCCUACUUUCAUCGCUUCCCCUUCCGCGUAUACCCCGACCCUCCUUACAAACACCACAACACGCGAAUUCACAAUAUGUUCGCUACACUCUUUUCAGUCACUCUCUUUGUCGCACUUGCCAUCCAAGGCGUAUUUGCUGACCUUACGAUUGACACUCCCAGCCUCACUCAGUGUGGAAGUGUUCAAAUCACUUGGACAGCGUCAAGCCCUCCCUACAGCCUUCUUGUAGCUCCCGCAGAUGAUCUCUGUGGCGAGGCCCUCGUUGACCUUGGUCAACAGACCGGUCUUUCAUAUCAAUGGAACGUCGCCCUUGCUGCCGGUACUGCAAUUGUCCUUUUCAUCGAGGAUUCCCAGGGAAAUGAGGCUUGGAGUGGAACUAUGACGGUGGCAGCUAGCAGUGACUCGUCAUGCCUGACCAGCACCACCUCAUCUCAUAAUGCAUCUGCCGUUUCUGGCACGCUGCUCACAACCCCUGCCGCAGCUGCUGAAUCCACAACUUCUCCAUACUCUCCCGCUGGCGCUGCUAAUGCGGGUCUUGCUCCCUCCGGCGGUGCCUUGUCCAUCCGCCCUCUCAGCGCUUUGACCUCCGUUGGUUCUGGACUUUUGGCCCUUUUUGCAUUAGCUCUAUAACAGCCUUGAUACCCAUCCGUUUACGACGGGUGAUACCCCGCUGGCUGAUUUAUUCAAAUUUACAAUUAUCCUGGCGAUAUCACGAAUAUAUUUAUCUUAGACACGUCCUUCCACGCACGGAGCUGGAUUUUCUUUCCUUUCUUUUUUGAUUGGUGAUUUAUAGUAGAUGCUCGAAGUAUUGCUACUAUUUCACUAGACGCGAUGAGUUUCAUAUCUUGGUCGACUGUAAUUUGGAAUCAAUCUUGUAUUAUGUUUCUGUGGGCCAUUUGAGGUCUUGGGAGGCCCGUCUGAGUCUAGUUCGAAAUCACAUGUUUGGAACCUGACCGGGUUUCACUACAAAC